AUGACCUUGAAAAAUUCAACUCGUACAGAAAAAUUCCGGGAGGACUAUAUCCCAAUCACCACAGUUUUGACAGGUUCAACUCGUACAGACAAGUGCCGGGAGGAUUCGGAUCCUAGUCACCACGGUCUUGACAAGUUCAACUCGUACAGAGAAGUGUCGGGUGGAUCGGAUCUCAGUCACCACGGCCUUGACAAGUUCAACUCGUAUAGAAAAGUGUUGGGUGGACCGGAUCCCAGUCACCACGGUCUUGACAAAUUCAACUCGUAUAGAGAAGUGCUGGAAGGACCAGAUCUCAAUCACCACGGUCUAGACAAGUUCAACUCGUACAGAAAAGUGACAGGAGGACCAGAUUCUAGCCACCAUGGCCUCGACAAGUUCAACUCGUAUAGAGAAGUGUCCGGUGGACCGGACCCUAGUCACCAUUGCCUUAGCAAGUUCAACUUGUAUAGAAAAAUACUGGGUGGACCGGAUCCCAAUCACCAUAGGCUUGACAAGUUCAAUUAG